AUGCGGUCAAUCCUUCUGACUCAGCUACUCAGACUCAUGCUUCUAUCGCCACCACCAAAGAUUAUCGACUCGGAUGCUAUGGAUCACAUGACAUUUGAUCCCGACCAACUUAUUAGUCGCAACUCAUCCACUCCGUCGGUGGUGUCUUAUGUUAAUGGUACCCCAUCCCCUGUGGUUGGGGAGGACUCUCUAUCUCUCUCUACUUCCCUACAUCUGGAUUCUUACAUCCUCACAGGAAAGACGAUUGGUUGUGGUACUCGGCGGGGCAAACUUUACUACUUGAAUUGGGCACCGGAUAGUGAGGUUAAGGUUGGUCAAGCUUUCACAACCAGUGGAACUCGUUCUGAGAGGGAGAGAGACAAAAUUUGGUUAUGGUAUAAACGUCUUGGGCAUGCCUCGUUCGAUUAUCUUAAGAAGUUGUUUCCAUCAUUAUUUUCCAAUCUUGAUGGACCUGCUAAAAUUGCUACUCCAACAAAGGUGCGAUAG